AUGAAGCACCUUGUCAGCAUCCCCAUCCGUCUUGUGGGUAUUGCGCUCCUCUCACCAUGGUGGUCAUCCGGAAUCCUUCCCUGGCAGCGUGCCAAUGAUAGAGCUGCUUCACCAACGCAAAGAACCAUUUACGCCGCCUAUCUGAACCCCCCAACGGAAUUCCAAAACUUCUGCAAGCGGGACUGCCUGCGACGCGACGGCGCGCAGGUGAUCGAUCUCCCGGAACUGAAGGCCGACUGGACGCGCUUCAAGGAUGCGCGAUGGGCUCAUGUACUCACGCGCCUACGGCUGUGGCAGAUGGUGCAGUACGAUCGCAUUCUGCUGCUAGAUGCGGACUCGGUCUUGAUUCGGUCUAACGACGCUGUCUGGGACCUUCCAGAGCUCCAGCCGAAGACUGCCCUCUCCACGUCGGUGCAUGUGGGUGAGAGGGUCCUACCAUUGCCGGAGUCAUACGUGCUGGCCGGUCUCUCGCAGCUGCGCCUCAAUCAUACAGCACGCCCAGCGCGCGUGCCAGAAGACUUCUAUGACUGGGAGACUCUGAACGUGGGCUUUCUGAUGUUGCAGCCGUCACUCGAGGUCUUCGACUAUUUUGCCGCCAUGCUGGCGGUGCCGGAAAGCUUUGAGAGUAGUAUCGCUGACCAGAGACCUGUGAACGUCGUCUUUGCAGCUGAUGGUCCGAUGCCCUGGACGCGGCUGGAUCUGUCGUGGAAUGUGCAGUGGCCGUGGCCGGACGAUCUCUGGGCAGGCUAUGCUGUGUUGCAUGACAAGUGGUGGGCACCGCUUCACUCGGAGACUCUGGAUUCCUUUCACUCGUGGUAUUGGCGCAUGAUUGGGUUCUAUUCGGUGAGAGAUGGUUGA